AUGAUAAAAGCUGUGAAGAAGCUCAAAUCAUGGUCAAGAAAGAAGAGAAGCAGAAAGAUUCAUCGCCAUCCUCCCCCACCACCCUAUGAUCCCCCACCACCACCGCUCCGAUGUCAGUGUCACUGCUGCUCCUCCUCCUCAACAGCUCAGCCAUCGGCUCCACCUCUACCACCAUGGAUGGAUUAUACUGAGCAGACACAUGAGAUUGAGCCUCUUCCGGCGCCUGAACUUCACUGCCCUGCUCCAGAGGUAGCCUAUCAUCCACUUCCAGUUCCAAGCAAACAACCAAGUGCUGCACCUACAUCAUCUUAUCAGCAAUAUAUGAUUCCAGUUCCAGAUCCUGUCUACGGCAUACCAGUUGCACAAGCCCCCACAGUAGAAAGGGAGAGAUCUGCUGGCUUCUUUGGAUAUGUUGUUGACUAUUUGUUUAACCUCUUUCCAUGCUUUCGCAUUAGAGAAGCUGUUAAGUAA